AUCUGGAGUUGGCUGUGGCUUUCCUCACUGCGAAGAAUGCCAAGGUUCCCCAGCUAGAGGAGGCAACUUAUUACCAAACAGCCCUUCCUGGAAAUGACAGAUACAUCAGCGUGGGCAGCCAGGCAGACACCAUUUUGCUUUUCAGAUGUGAUUGAUCUCACUGGAGAUGAUAAAGAUGAUCUUCAGAGGGCAAUUGCCUUGAGUUUGGAGGAAUCAAACAGGGCAUUCAGGGAGACUGGAAUAACAGAUGAGGAACAAGCCAUUAGCAGAGUUCUAGAAGCCAGUAUUGCAGAAAAUAAAGCAAGUUUAAAGAGGACACAUCCAGAGGUAUGGAGUGACUCUCCAAACCCUUAUGAUCGAAAGCGGCAGGACAACUGUCCAGUAGGAUUAAAGAAUGUUGGCAACACGUGUUGGUUUAGUGCUGUUAUUCAGUCAUUAUUUAACCUACUGGAGUUUCGAAGACUAGUUUUGAAUUUCAAUCCUCCUGCAAAUGCUCAAGACUUGCCCCGAAACCAAAAGGAACAUAGGAAUCUACCUUUCAUGCGUGAAUUGAGGUACCUGUUUGCACUUCUAGUUGGUUCGAAGAGAAAAUAUGUUGACCCAUCAAGAAGCAGGCAAGAUGUCAGUGAAUUUACACACAAAUUAUUAGAUUGGCUAGAAGAUGCCUUCCAAAUUAAAGCUGAAGAAGAGAGGGAUGGAGAGAAACCAAAGAACCCAAUGGUGGAGUUAUUUUAUGGACGAUUUCUAGCAGUAGGUGUACUUGAAGGUAAAAAAUUUGAAAACACAGAAAUGUUUGGCCAGUAUCCACUCCAGGUUAAUGGCUUUAAAGAUCUGCAUGAGUGCCUAGAAGCUGCAAUGAUUGAAGGGGAAAUUGAAUCUCUUCAUUCAGAAAACUCCGCAAAGUCUGGUCAGGAGCACUGGUUCACUGAGCUUCCUCCUGUCUUAACUUUUGAGCUAUCAAGAUUUGAGUUUAAUCAGGCUUUGGGGAGACCAGAGAAGAUACACAACAAAUUAGAAUUCCCUCCAAUUUUAUAUCUGGACAGGUAUAUGCACAAAAACAGAGAAAUAACACGAAUUAAACGGGAUGAAAUCAAGAGACUCAAAGAGUACCUCACGGUUUUACAGCAGAGAUUAGAACGAUAUUUAAGCUAUGGUUCUGGUCCUAAACGAUUCCCCUUGGUAGAUGUCCUGCAGUAUGCCUUGGAGUUUGCCUCCAGCAAGCCGGUGUGCACGUCUCCUGUCGAUGACCUGGGUGCUAGUGCCCCUGCCAGUGGCACGCUGCCGGCCCAGACAUUGCCCAGCACAGUAGAGCAACAGGGGCCUUCAUCUUCAGAUGUUCCAAGCACAUCUCCCGUACAAAGAUCAGUAAUACAUAAACCAUUCACGCAAUCACGAAUUCCUCCUGAUCUGCCAAUGCAUCCGGCACCCAGGCAUAUCACUGAGGAAGAGCUCUCUGUCCUAGAAGGCUGUUUACAUCGCUGGAGGACUGAAGUAGAGAAUGACACUAGAGAUUUACAAGAAAGUAUAUCUAGAAUACAUCGGACAAUUGAAUUGAUGUACUCUGACAAAACAAUGGUCCAAGUUCCUUAUAGGUUGCAUGCUGUGCUAGUUCAUGAAGGUCAAGCUAAUGCAGGACACUACUGGGCAUAUAUUUAUGACCACCACCAGAACAGAUGGAUGAAAUACAAUGAUAUUUCUGUGACAAAGUCAACUUGGGAAGACUUGAUACAAGAGGAGUUUAACAAAGAAACAGGACAGAUCCUUGUUGGAAUGGAGACACUACCUUCUGAUCUAAGGGAUUACGUCAAGGAAGACAAUAAACGUUUUGAAAAAGAACUCGAAGAAUGGGAUGCAGAACUUGCUCAGAAAGCACAGCAGGAGAAGUUGUUAUCUCAGAUACCCAGGGCACCAGCACCCUCACCUGCUCCAGUACAAGCAGGAGAACCAGAAUAUUUAGAGCAGCCAUCAAGAACUGAUCUUUCAAAGCACUUAAAAGAAGAUUCUGUACAAGCAAUCAAUAAAGCUUUAGCUGAACAAGAAGAUAGAGGUCCAGAAGCUAUAAUGGAUACGGCAAUUAAAUUGGAAUACACGCGUCUGCUGAAAUUAGCCCAGGAAGAUCCACCGCCUGAAUGCGAUUACCGUUUGCGUCAUGCAAUUGUUUACUUCAUCCAAAACCAGGCACCAAAGAAGAUAAUUGAGAGAACAUUACUGGAACAGUUUGGAGAUCACAAUCUGAGCUUUGAUGAAAGGUGCCGUAACAUAAUGAAGGUUGCUCAAGCUAAACUUGAAAUGAUAAAGCCAGAUGAAAUAAACAUGGAAGAAUACGAGAGAUGGCAUCAAGACUAUAGAAAUUUCAGGGAAACCACCAUGUUUCUCAUGGUAGGAUUGGAGUUUUUCCAAAAAAAGAGCUAUAUGGAAGCCUUGCUCUACCUUAUCUAUGCUUACCAGAAUAACAAAGAACUCUUGUCCAAAGGCCCAUACAGAGGGCAUGAUGAAGAGCUGAUAUCUCACUACAGACGAGAAUGUUUGCUAAAACUAAAUGAACAUGCUGCAGCACUGUUUGAAUCGGGAGAUGAUCAGGAAGUAAAUAAUGGCCUGAUCAUUAUGAAUGAGCUUAUUGUCCCGUGUUUGCCAUUACUACUGGUGGAUGAAAUGGAAGAAAAAGAUAUUGUUGCUGUGGAAGAUAUGAGAAACCGUUGGUGUUCCUAUCUUGGACAAGAAAUGGAACCUAACUUGCAAGAAAAGCUGACAGAUUUCCUGCCAAAACUGCUAGAUUGUUCUACAGAGAUUAAAGGUUUUAAUGACCCGCCAAAGUUACCCUCCUACUCCACACAUGAACUGUGUGAAAGAUACGCCCGAAUCAUGUUGUCACUCAGUCGAACUCCAGCCGAUGGAAGAUAAAUUCUGCAACCUUCCUAAGCACAUUGUAUAAACUUUUUUAGUUCUUAAACCUUGCCUUCCUGUCACAGGGUUUGCUUGUUGCUGCUAUAGUUUUUAACUUUUUUAUUUUAAUAACUGCAAAAGAGAAAUGACUGUACAAACUUUAGCCAGACUGCAAACAAUUAAAGCUGAGAAUCGCAUGGCACUCAGUCGUUUCAACCAGAAUUGAUGCAACAUGCAAGUCUGAUCAUUACGGCAAAACUGCUUUUUUGCCACUUAUCUGUUACAGUAUUACUUUGCUUUUAUCUUAAGAUCCUUUACUUUAUCAACAGCUGUCUGGAUCAUUUUGUGACUGCAACUACUUUAAGUGUCCAGUGCUGUGUAAAUACAUGGUACUUGGUAGCUUGUAAAUGAAAUGAAAGAAUAAAGUUUUAUUUAUGGCUACUUCUGUGUUUGCAAGCAGAUACCUUGUAUAUUAGUGUAAAAUACGGGUAUUUUUAGAAGAGAUACAGUAUAUUGACGGGUUACUCAAUUUUAUAGACAAGGUUCUUCAGGAUUUAUGGCCAGUUUAGUUACAGGUAGUCGGAGAUUACUGUAUGUGAAUAUAUUGAAAACCUGUCACAGUAUUAUACACUAUGGUUUUUUUGUACAUCCUUUAUUGAUCUGUAUGAUACUGCACCUGAACACUUUUGUGUGUGUGUGUGUAUGGCCAUGCCAAGUCUUUUCUGAUAGUAGGGACUGGCUUCUGAAGCAAAACAAUAAUGGCACCUUCCUUCUAUUCUUAGAAUAAAAACAGGAAAAAAAAAACCUGAAAGUAUUUUCAGUAGAAAAAUAUUACACCCUCUGAGCAAAAUCUCUAGAAACUGAUUUAAGCAGAGGAAAUAAAAGUUUUAAAAAACCAGAAUUUGUGAAGCUUAAGAAUUAAUACAUUUUUUAAUUGGUAUUUUAGUCAUGUAAGCGACCAGAAAUAAAACCUUACAUUAAUUCCUUACUUAAAAUAGGUUGCUGUUGUUGCAACAAAAUAUCUCAGAAAUCUUUUCUCUGUCUUAAUUAAAUUUCUAUUGGAAGCAAAAGAAAAGAUCUAUAGGGCUUGUUUUGUAGAACUGAAAUACUGUCUGAUUUUAAUGAAGAAACUUAAUUAUUUUGUGGAAAAAGAAAUUUAAUGCAUCCUUAGGUAAUCCUGUUACCUGACACUGUUUUGAU